UGUCCGACCAGCCCAAUUCAGGCCAUCUGGCAUAGCUAGAGUGAACCCUACUGAACCUAGCCACUAGGCCGGCAAAAACCUAAAGCACUCUGUGUAGUGUGUGCAUACGUCGGCGAAUCAAGCAGUUAGUUUCUCGCUCAUUGUACUCGGUCGCUUGGUUGACCUGCAACGUGCUUUCAUUCCCAGUGUUGUUGCGUGUCGCUUUACCACUAAGGGAUAUAACUAAGGUCUAUACCGGAAAAGGAUUACUAAAAAGAAAGUGCUGCUGCAACCUGAUAGUUAGCCAGUGGAUUAGGUGACUUCAACGUCAACGAGUCUUCUGCACGACAAGGAGCCUAAUUAUUGAGCAAAAUGAGUGUCCUAAGUGUGAAGACAACAACGCACAAGAGAACGACGAAGGUGACCACACGAGUCUCUACGUCAUCAUCAGAACUAUCGAGGGAUGGAAGACGCAAGAGCUCUUUUAUCCAGCUCGCUGAAAGGCCAGCUAUCGCGAUGGCUGAGGCGAUGCGAAACGACAUGAUCCGGAAGUACAGUGAAAUGGAUAUUGAUGAGCUGCUUUCGCAACUCAAUGAAAACGAACUUGAACAGCUUUCUGGAAUGGUUGACCCUGACGACCCGUUGAUUCCACCAAGCGAACGUUGUAAAAACCAGACAGACAAAGCUCCAACUGGCCCUCUGAACCGUAGGAAGCUUCUGUCAUAUCUAGAGCAAUACGCCAAAGAACAAGAAGACUGGCCCGAAUUUAAACCCUUCGAGGCGGGAGUAAAGCGGGGAAAAGUUUGGGUAGCGCCUAAAGUAGCGGAACCGAAAGAGUCUAUCGGUGAAAUCUCGGUGGAGCUUGACCUAGAGGAUGACGCCAAGACUGCUCUUGAAUCCGCAACUCCUGCUGAACUUGUUGAUCUCGCCGCAAUUUUGGGCUUGCACAGUAUGCUUUCACAGGACCAAUACCAUGCGUCGAUCGAAAACAAGGGGCAAGCGGCGGGCGCAACCUUUGAAUCCCUCGUCAAAGCUUCAAUGCCCAAACCCGUACCGUUGCUACCUGAAAAUGCGACAGAUACAUCGAAAACAGCCCAGAAGGUUUACAAUGACGACGAUGACAUCGUCGAAUUAAAUUGGAAUAACAUACGAACAGUCAAGCGCGAGGACUUCAGGGUGCUCUUCGAUGGCCUCAAAAGAAAUACCAAUCUAAGGAGUCUCUCGUUGGCCAAUGUCAACCUGACAGAUUCGACAGCUGAACUUCUUGUCGAGGCUUUGAAAGAGAACAAAAGUUUGCGCAUCCUUAACGUCGAGUCGAACUAUAUCUCCGGCAACAUGCUUAAGAAUAUUAUCGAAGCAGCUCUGGCUAACAACAUCAUUACUGAAAUUCGUGCCGCGAAUCAAAGGCCCUCCAUUCUAGGGAACAAGAUCGAAAUGGAGAUUGCUCGUCUUGUAGACGAGAAUCGUUCGCUGCUGUCAAUUGGACUUGAGUUGGCUGUCGCUGAUGCACGCGUACGAGUUUCGCGCAAACUUCAAGAAAAUCGGGAUAGAUUGAGACGCCUUCGCGUGGGUCAAGAAAUUGAGUAACUAAAUUAAGAGAGCCCUUAUCGAUGAUUCCUAUGGAGUUUCAAGCUGGGUCGACGAUUCAAAUUAAACGAGUUGAACUUCACACGAUCAUAUAAGUCAUAAGCUGCAAAGCUUCUAGUGGCAUGGAGGUCGAGUCGAUUUCGAUAAGAAUUGACAUUUUUCUACUACUUAUAACGCAUCCAAUCCAAAUGCCAUCACGAACGCUGUACGUAGGGUAUACACAAACACUCUUAUUAUAAAAACAAAAAAAAAAAGCCUUGCCGUUUAUUUGAAAGUUGUCUGUGCGUGAUUUUCAGCGGCAAACAAAACUUGAUCAAAAACAGUGGACGGUGAUUAAGCAGACGCUAAAUGAAAGUUGCAAAUUACUAAACAUGUCAAAGACUGUAUUGUGCUAAAAAGCCUCCAACAGGAGAAUGGCACAUAUGUUCCAAUGUUGUAUGUGUACCUUACGUGGGACUGUGGACGAGGAAGUGAGCACAUGGAGAUGACAGAGAUCUAUAUUAUGCAUAUAUAAUUAUGAGAAGAAAGUAUGUCUACCUAUAUAUAUAUAUAUAUAUAUAUUCCCACCAUUUUAUUAUCAUUAUUACAUAUGAACUUACCGAGAUGAAGCGGUGAGAGGUCCAAAUGGUUUGCCUUUCUAUAUCUGAAUAAAUUCAAACUACUAAAGCUUACCAAUAAUAAGCUGGUAGAAUGGCGCCCUUGUAAACAUCGACUAUUGGACUUAAUUGUUUUCUUUUUAUUAUAGCGAUGCAAUGCGUUACAAUAUUAUUAUUAGGCGGAAUAAACACGCAUUUUAGUACGCAAAAUCUAUUUUUUUUUUUCUUUUUCUUUUUUAUUUGCUAUUUAUUGGCGCCUGAUGACAAGCUGUUCACUCGGACAGCGCAGUCUUCCAUUUAGCAAUCAAAUAACUGGAAUAUUGAUGUAACGCGGAGCAUUGGAGAAAGCUAAUGGAAGCGAGACAAACUAAAAGGAUUAGGCGAAAUCUUUUUUGUGAUAUAAUUUACGCAAUAAACGUAAUGCUAUAUAAAUGCAUUGUUAAAAUAUUUA